AUGAGGCCCUCCACAAAACAGCCCGAAAUAAGCGGUCCAGGUCGCGCUCCCAUCUGGCGGUCGGCCAUGUAG